AUGCGUCUACUCCCCCCUGGAAGCAACUGUACAAAUGUCUUCAUCUGUAGGACAGGAAAGAGGGGCUAUGUUGAUCUCGAGGAGCUGUGUGACGGAACUGACAGCUGUGACGAUGAAAGAGGAAUUUGUACAGUUUCACGGCAUUUACCGAAGUUGCAUGUAACAAUUCUAGAGCCGAGUCAGGAUCUAAAAGUAAAAAAGUUCGUGUCUCACUGUUUGCCAGGCCUUGGGGAACUGGAAAGACAAAAGGCGCCCUGUUUGACAGAGAACUUCAUCUUUCCCAACCACCAAUUCUUUGGAGUUGAUGAUAAAACAGUGAUAAAAUAUCCAGACGAGAAGCAAGACUGUAAUCAUAUUUUUGGAGAGCACUAUGUUUACAAUAGUUGUACUAACCGUUGCAAUGAUCAGAAAUCUGUGUGUCCCCUUAGGAACAUUCCCAAGUAUAAUUCAUGCCCUGGCCAGUAUCCUCAAAGAGUUGGCACUCUGGCCACUGCCAACGAAUCAUAUUUAACAUUUUUCCUGAAAGCUCCCGAGGAUUCCUUUCGUAAUAACUUUUUUGUAUGUGACGACGGUCUCAAAUGCCUCGAGUACUCUCAAGUGUGCGAUCUUGUGUAUGAUUGUGAUGAUGGGUCAGAUGAGAAACUGUGCACAAACCACUUUAACUGCAGCAGUCCCCCGCAGCUCAUACCACUGAAAAGCCGAUGCGACGGAAGUUUCGACUGUCCAGACCUGUCUGACGAAUGUAACAGUGUUUGUACCAAACAAAUACUCGACAAAGUUACGCUCAAAGUGUCCUCGUGGAUGAUAGGAAUCAUAGCGGUCGUGGCAAACUUGAUUGUCGUUUUUAAUACCACCAGGGCAUUAAAAUACUGCAAAUCACCCGUCGCCUUAGCAAACAAGAGUUUGGUAUUACUGAUAGGCUUAGGAGACUUUUUCAUAGGCCUGUAUCUUCUCCUUGUUUCAGUAGCUGACGUCGUCUUUAACCAGCUUGAAAAUGGCAACAAUGGCUACUGCAAAAACCAAACCUCUUGGCUUACCAGCACCAAAUGUUUAGCACUAGGUGUUUUAAGCACGAUCGGAACACAAGUUUCAUUGUUCUCGAUGACAGUUCUCAGCGUUAUAAGACUUUGGGGAGUUUUGAAGUCAAAUAAAUUACAGGGCCGAAUCAGAAGACGGACACGCGUUCUGCUAGGAGCAAUUGCCAUGUUUAUACUCAUAUCUUCGGCUAUCAUCGCAGUAAUUCCUAUCUCGGGCUUUUUCGAGGAUUUCUUCGUGAGUGGGCUGAGAUUCAGUACUGACGUGAAGCUCUUCAUUGGAAUAACUUCGAAAAAAGAGCUCUCUGCCGUUAUUCGGGAGUAUUUUGGGUGGAACCGUAUCAAGGAAGAAAAGCAUUACCUAUGGAGCUGGCAGGACAUGAUAAAAUUAGUGAACAGUACGUUUAGCGAUGGGGUCGGGGAUGUCGCCAAGCUAAGAUUCUAUGGAAAUGACGGUGUGUGUCUGUUCAAAUUCUUUGUCACUCCGGAGGAUCCUCAGGCUUACUUUGUAUGGGCCAUACUAUUGAUGAACUUUAUCUGCUUCUUAACCAUUUCAGUGUGUUACAUCUCAUCCACUAUUCUCAUCCGCACGUCUACUUUAACUAAACAUGUUUACAAGAAGAGUAAAAGCACGCAAAGCAUAGUGGAGAAGAAUAAUGUGAAGCGGCAGAGGAGCCUUCAGCAGAAAAUAGCUUUUAUAAUUUCAACAGAUUUCAUAUGCUGGAUCCCGUUUAUAGCGGUGUGCGCACUACACUAUCUUGGAGUCAUAUAUGCCGGAGAUUGGUAUGCGUUCUUCUCAAUAAUAGUUCUUCCAAUAAACUCCAUCAUAAAUCCGUUUCUGUAUGAUGAUACAUUCACCGCUGCUAUCAGUGAAGUAGGAAAGAAGUUCCGUACUCAAAGUUUUGAUUUCGCAUUACCAAGCUGGCUUUCUUCAUCAGGAAGUGACGACGUUACGGCAGAAAUUUCAGGUGAAGAUGAUACUGAAAGGAAUGCAGGACCAAAUGGAAUAAUUGAUACUCAAAUAUGA